CGCUGCGGCUCGGGAGCCUCCCCCCCUCCCAUGCUGCCGGUGCCACGGCACAGCCCGCAGCAGCCUUUGCACAGGAGGAGAAGAGCAGCUCGGUCCCUCCACCGCCAUGCCUCGGGCCACCACCCUCAUCCUCAUCCUGGCCGGGCUCUGCGCGUCCUCCCUGGGCCAGUACAACGAGGAGGAGGACCUGGCGUGGCUCCAGUACUACCUGCGGCAGUCCCGCGCCUCCUCCUACAACUACGUGCCCUACUACGAGGAGGAGAGCCCCGCGUACGCCUACUCCUACCCCUCUGCCACCGACACUGAGCCCGAGCCCGAGCCCGAGCCGCAGCAGGCGGCGCCCUGGCGGUGUCCCCAGGAGUGUGACUGUCCCCCCAACUUCUCGUCGGCCAUGUACUGUGACACGCGCAACCUGCGCUACCUGCCCUUCGUGCCCUCGCGGAUGAAGUACGUUUAUUUCCAGAACAAUCUCAUCACCUCCAUCCAGGAGGGCGCCUUCGACAACGCCACCGAGCUGGAGUGGCUGGCGCUGCACAACAACCAGAUCAGCAGCGAGAAGAUGGGGAAAAAGGUUUUUGGGAAGCUGCAGCGGUUGGAGAGGCUCUACAUGAACAGCAACAACCUGACCCGGCUGCCCAGCCCGCUGCCGCGCUCGCUGCGGGAGCUCCACCUCUCCUACAACCAGAUCUCCAAGGUGCCUCCCAACGCUCUGGAGGGGCUAGAGAACCUCACGGCGCUCUACCUCAGCCACAACUUCAUCUUCGAGAUGGGCGCGUCCCUCAAGGGGCUCAAGUCGCUGAUCCUGGCCGACCUGAGCUACAACAACCUCAGGAAGGUCCCCGACGGGCUGCCGGCGUCGCUGGAGCAGCUCUACCUGGAGUACAACUACAUCAACGCCAUCCCUGAUGAGUAUUUCCAGGUGUCCCCCAGGCUGCUGUACGUGAGGAUGUCCCACAACAGCCUGACCAACCAAGGGCUCUCCAGCAACACCUUCAACAGCAGCAGCAUCCUGGAGCUGGACCUCUCCUACAACCGGCUGCAGAAGAUCCCACGGGUCAACACCAACCUGGAGAACCUCUACCUGCAGGGGAACCAGAUCAACGAGUUCUCCAUCAGCAGCUUCUGCUCCGUGGUGGACGUGAUGAACUACUCGCGGCUGCAGGUGCUGCGGCUGGACGGCAACGCCAUCAAACGCAACGCGGUGCCCCCGGACGCGCCGCUGUGCCUGCGCCGCGCCACCGUCAUCGAGAUCUGA